UGUGUAUGUAUGUUGAUGUGUGUAUAUGUCUGCCCCAGUGUCUUGAGUUGGAUUUUGCCUUUUUGGAGAUUUUAAAGUAAGUUUUUAUUGCUUUACGUUUCGUUAUUUUUAAAUGAAUUUAUUUUUUUAGCUGCAUUUUGGUCUUUUCCCUUUUGUUAAACCCUGGCUCAUAACAUUUAGUGUUUCAUCUACAAGGUUAAAUGCACAAUCAUGGCCUUCAUGCAAAAUUGGAAGUACAACACAGGAACAAUCACAAUAGAAAAAAGGAAAACAAACUCACUGCAGGCUGGAAAUAUGAUCCAGAUUCUGCUGUGUUUCUUAAUAUUAAGGGAUUUGUUGUUGAUGCACAGAGGAAGGAGUGACCCUGACUCACCAGCACAGACAUUAAAGAGACAGACAGGCUCAAAGACAGUGUGGACUGAAACAUCCCACGGAAAAACAUACAUAUGUCAGCGGAGGAUUUAAGAAUGAAGCUCCAACAAUAGUAAGCCUCUUCUGUUGACAGGAAAAACGAUCUUCUCGAGGAUCAGUGGAUAUUAAAGAUGUCACACCAGGAAAUCAUUUCAAAAUGUGAGUAUUGUAUUUAUUGGUAAAGCCUACAUACUGUAUCUUUAUAAUGUUACAGUACAAAUAAAAUGUGGUUUUUCUAUCAGUACAAAGACAUCCAGGAUGUGUUUUCUCAUCCUCUGUAUAUUUUAAAACAAACUCCCACUCUGAUUCAUCUAGAUUUCUUUUCACCAUCAAACACAGUUACCUAUUGAGCAGAAUCUUCAAGGCUGAACUGUAAUUCAAGUAUUGUAGUCCAAAGAAAAAAAGCUGACCUUGAUAUUAAAACUUUAAUCAGAGCAAAUAUUUGAAAAAUGUCAGAGGGGAUUUAUUUUAUCUAACAUCGCAUACUGAAUCUAUGAGGUGUUAUUUCAACCUCGUGCUGACAGCCAGGGUCUUAGGGUGAAGAAAAAAGCAGAAGAAAGACCCAAUUUCAGGAGCUGCAUCCUUUAAAAGACAUAUUUCUAAAGUGAAUUCAUCACAUCAUCCCAAAAAGGGCCUGACUGUCAAAUUUUAAUCCAUCUUUUUCUUCUCUCAAGACUCAAUUUGUGCUAAUUCAAAGAGAUGACAGACUCUCGGUGGUGGAGUCACUCUGAAUACUGAUUAAUGCUUUCUCCAAUGGCUGAGAAAUAGACUUUUAAAUGUCUCAACACUCAGUACGUCACAAAAACCUCAUAUUUGCUUUGGCCUAAUAGAUGAAGUUUUGUGAUGUGAUUUUGGUUCAUUAGUCAGCUGGGAACUCUUUGCUAAGGGAAGGGACUAGAACAGCUGACUGGACGGAUGUAACCCCUGAAGAGAGACACUAUUGUUAAGUUUCCUCUGAUUAAUUGAAAGAAAUAAGUCAAUCAAUCAAUCCAUAUCAUUUAUAUACACAUUAACAGUCAUUUUCAGUGACAGAAACAAAUACGUACAUCUGUAGGUCUUGCAUCGCCCUGUUUCUUGUUUUCCUUCUCUCUCAAUCCCUUUCUCGUCACCCCAGCUUUCCCUGUGCCCCUAUAAUUCUCCUUCCCCAUAAUGCCCCAAUUUCCCACUCUGUUUGAGUUUUGACACACUACCUCCACUGAAGCAUUACUCACCCAACCUCUACAGCACCCCCACCUCUGUCCCACCCUCCUCGACUUCCCUCCUUCUUCCAUCCUUAUAAACUCUGCACCCUCGGUGGUUGGCUCAGUAUGAAGAGCUUUGCACACACAGUAAAGAAAGGCAGCUGGGAAACUGGGUUGCAAACACAUCCGAUACUUUAAAAAGCAAAGUAUUUGAGCUACAUCAUGCACGCUUCUAGAGCCUGGCAUGUGCUGUGCGUGCUUGGCUUUGUGUGUUCAUCCCUGUGCGUGAAUGAAAUUGAGUAUGAAGGAAACUACGUGGACGACUACGAAAACGAGAUCUCACAGGACCAGCAGGAGGGUGAGUUUUGUUUGUUUGUUUUUGUCCUUUUGUCUAUUUGGCUACCAGCUUGUAUGAACAGAUGGCUCAUUGUGGAGAAGUUUUCCUCAGCUGUAAUGCCAGAUUCCUCUAAGCCAGUAGAGUUCAUCAAACUGUAUGCAGUGUGAUUAAAAUACCGCCAUACAUGGAUUUACUCAUUAGGGAUGGUGUCCCCCAAGGCUCUAUCUUUGGUCCACUCCUGUUCUCUAAAAAAUAGGAAAAAAACUAAGUUCUCAGUCAUAUUAACUUUUUCCUGAUACUACAUAAGCCUCCAAGAAAAAACAACAUGUUUAAUAGUAUCUUUAAUAACAUAACAAAAAUUUUAAAAAGCUGUAAAUUAGAGACAACAAAUAAUUGCUAACAUUAGACAACAGCACGUCAAGUUGGAUGUUGGUGUGAUGGGGUGUUGUGGUAUGUUUAGGAUGAAAUGUAAGCUUUUCAUGUUUUGUACUAUUCUGCUUUUAAAAUGAUGUAUAUGAUAUUAAACUUUUUUAAAUAACUACAGAGUUUCAAUUUGUUGUUAAAGAACUGUGACUGGCAAAGAGUUCGUGUGUUCUGAGUAACUAAAAUGGUGUGACACAAAUAAACCCUUAUGGGGGGAAAAUUCUCCAAUAUCUGCCAAAGACAAAUGGUAAACACAUUUUGUUUUAUUUCAUCUUUCAUCUUUAAGGAAUAACAAUAGCCAAACCAAACAACAGAAACUGGAAAUCACCCCCUGCACCGAGGAAACAUUUAACCCUCGUUAUCCAUAUUUUAGAUCCCUUGUUCCCAACAAGCAAUAAACAGGCUGUCUCCUAUUCAUGAUUUAUGAAUAGAACUGAGCCUACAGUUGCCAAAAAGCAAAAUAUAACAGCAUAGUUUCUGCAGAAUAUUGUGUUUUUCAAGCAUGUUUACUAGUAUUUAGUUUACUGAUCUUGUUCCCAGUUUGCCUGUUUUUUUUUACAUUUACAUCUGAAAUGAAUUUGAAUAGCAGCUGUUUCAGCAGAUAUAAAUGAAUAAUUGACAUGUUUUUUUUGCCUAUGUUUACUAUGAAAAAUCCUGCUUUAGGUAUAGGACUGUAUAAUUGAUGCAUCCAUGUUUUGUGUCUGCAGGAGAAACUCCAACUCCAUGCCAGGUUGCAGAUUUCUCCCGCUGGGACAAACUCUUCAUCGCACUGGAGGACUCCCACAUGAGGCAGAACAUGCUCCUGGAGUCUCUGGAACAAUGCUGUGGCGGUGUGCACUCCCUCAGAACACAGGUGAACAAGCCGUCCCAGGGGACAUGCCAGCAGUGUCUACCCAGCCUGGAGUCAGCGUGCAGCAAGCAAGCAGAGCAAGUGAAUGCCAGGCUGCAAAAAGGCUUGCUGGAGCUGAGGGAGGAGGAAGCACAGAAAGAGAGCAGGCUUAACGCUACUUUGCAGCAGCUCCUGCACAGUAGCCAUGAGGGGAACGCCCGCCUGAAGCUCUUGGAGGAAGCAAGCGGCCUCAGAGUGAUGGCAUCAGGAGCGGCAGACAGCAGGGUGGGACACCAACCCACGCAGAGACCUGGAGGUUUAGGUGCAGCGUUCAGUUUGGGGGUGAAGCCAUUCCCAUCUGGCCUUAAAGAGCAGGAAGUGACUUCACCGCUUGACAUGGCUUCAAUGGAAAAGGCCCUGGUUGCUAUAGCAACAGAGCUACAGAAGGUUCACCUGCAGCUAAGCAGAGUGAUUGAACAGGCAGGGACAUCGAGGAAGAACAGAGGAGACACAUAGGGGGAAGGAACAAAUGUUUGACGGUGAUGGCGAACUUUUCAGCGAUGAUGAUUUUGCACUUUUUAAUCUCCUGUUUUCUAUGUGAGCUUGUUUAUCUCUGUUGACAAUGAAUUUAGAUGUUCCACAUAAAUGUUGUGGUUUUGCUAUAAUAAAUAAAACUUUUUGAAACAACCCAAUCAGCCUUGUGGAAAGGUCUCCUCCCUCCUCCCACGCAGCUCAUGUUUAGAGCUACAGGUUUAUGCACAUGUUUACACUCUCAUUUGUCUGAGUCAGAGUGUGUCCUCUACCCUUUCCUGCGCAUAUUAGGUUUUACACCUCUGUGUUUGUGUUGUUGCGGGCAUGUCUGCAAAUCACCACAACCGCAAAGAAGUGUGUCAGAGGUUUUGGCCUGUGUUUAAUUGUAGACAGGCCCCACCUCCUCGUUAGCUGCUUAGAGGCAGCGACUUACGAUGCUCGGAGUGUUUAUGAUUAAUGAAAGCCUGCCAGAGCUAUUACAGUGCCGCCCAUCAGUCCUGCAGCCACACACUCGCCUCAUUGUUAUAAACCACACACUGAAUGGUGUUUAAAGGUGGUACUUUCCGUGUGUGUGUGUUUUCACGCUGGUCUCUUGUUCCAG